CGGGGCCCACGGGAGCCCCGCCCGCGGCCCCAGGCGCGUCUCACCUGCGCAGGUGUACGAGGAGCUGCGCGCCAUCGGCGCCGCCGCCGCCGAGGCCAAAGCGCGGCGCAUCCUGGCGGGGCUCGGCUUCACCCCCGAGAUGCAGAACCGGGCGACGCGGAAAUUCUCCGGGGGAUGGAGGAUGAGAGUGUCACUGGCCAGGGCGCUGUUCCUGGAGCCGACGCUGCUGAUGCUGGACGAGCCCACGAAUCACCUGGACCUGAACGCCGUCAUCUGGCUCAACAACUACCUGCAGAGCUGGAAGAAGACGCUGCUGGUGGUGUCGCACGACCAGGGCUUCCUGGACGACGUCUGCACCGACAUCGUCCACCUGGACAGCCAGAAACUGCAUUAUUACAGGGGGAACUACAGUGAGAUUGGGGGCAAAAAACGGGAUUUUGGGAAAAACGGGCCCCCCCAAAAUCCCAAAUUUCCCCAAAAUCCCGACUUUGCCCCAACCCCAGGGGUGGAUUUUGGCUACGAGGGUCAGGAGCUGCUGUUCCGAAACCUGGACUUCGGCAUCGACAUGGAGUCCCGAGUUUGCAUCGUGGGCCCCAACGGCGUCGGGAAGAGCACCCUGCUGCAGCUGCUCACCGGGGCCCUGACGCCGCUCCGGGGGCAGAUGAGGCGCAACCAUCGGCUGAAGGUGGGGUUGUUUAACCAGCAGGCGGCCGAGCAGCUGCGCCUGGAGGAGACGGCGGCCGAGUUCCUGCAGCGCAGCUUCAACCUGGCGCACCAGGACGCGCGGCGCUGCCUCGGCCGCUUCGGCCUCGAGGGCCACGCCCACACCCUGCAGAUCGCCAAGCUCUCGGGUGGGCGGGGCUAGCGGCUGGGAGGGUGUGAGCUCACCUGAGCGCCCCUCGGCCCCCAGGACGAGCCCACCAACAACCUGGACAUCGAAUCCAUCGACGCCUUGGCUGACGCCAUCAACGAGUACAAAGGAGCGGUGAUCGUGGUGAGCCACGACGCGCGGCUGAUCACCGAGACCAACUGCCAGCUGUGGGUGGUGGAGGAGCAGGGCCUGAGCCAGAUCGACGGCGACUUCGACGAUUACAAACGCGAGGUGCUGGAGGCCCUGGGCGAGGUGGUGGUGCACCGGCCCCGCGAGUGACCGCAGUGACCAGAGUGACCGGCACAGUGACCAGAGUGACCACUGGAGUGACCGCAGUGACCAGAGUGACCAGCACAAUGACCAGAGUGACCACAGUGACCACUGGAGUGACCGCAGUGACCGUCAGAGUGGCUGCAGUUACCCGCAGUGACCAGCAGGGGGCAAAGGGAGAAAUAAACGGUGGUGGAGCAAUGGCGGA